CAAGCCUGGGCCUUUCUGCGUGGAGUUUGCAUGUUCUCCCUGUGCCUACGUUUGUUCUCUCCGGGUACUCCAGGUUCUUCCCACAGUCCUAAGGAAUGCAAAUUAGUGACUCUAAAUUGUGUGUGUGUGUGGUUGUCUAAGUGCCAUCCCUGUGAUAGACCAGUCCUGGCUAUAACCCCUUACGAGCUCCAGCCUGUAAAGGCGGCCGCACCCUAGUAUGGGGUGUAAUUAAUUGCUGGGUGCACAAUGUAAUAUGUUUUUUCUACCGAUACGGGAAAUUGUUUAUGCAUCCUUCCUGCUUUUCUCCAUGACUUACAUCCAUUCACACUGACAGCUGACCAGACACACCACAGACAGUCAGUGUGUGGGAGCCACAGUUUGACAGUCAUUCCGACAGCCAACGCACGAUGGCUCUGAACGUCCCGGGACUGCUGGUUAUGGUGAUGUUUUACAUGAUGGUGCUUGGCACCGGCAUCUGGGCUUCUAUGAAGUCCAAGCGGGUGCAAAAGAACAGCCAGGCUGACCAGACAGAAGUUACUCUGCUUGGAAACAGAGGGAUCAGCCUAGCAGUGGGGAUCUUCACUAUGACAGCUACAUUUGUUGGAGGUGGGUUUAUUGUUGGGCUGACAGAGGCAGUGUAUACUCCAACUAUGGGACUGACCUGGGCUGUCAUGCCAGUGACAGCAGCAACGUCUUUCAUUGUGGGUGGACUCUUCUUCGCGAAGAGAAUGAGGGACAGAAAGUAUGUGACAAUGAUGGACCCAUUUCAGAUCAAGUAUGGAAACAUAGUAAGUGGAGUUCUGUCAGUGGGACUGCUGAUAUCUGACAUAAUCUGGGUGACAGGAACUCUUAUUGGUUUAGGUUCAACAAUGAGCGUGGUCCUGGAUUUGUCAUAUACGCUUUGCAUUUGGCUCUCUGCUGCGGUAGCCAUCAUCUACACGCUGCUGGGAGGCCUCUACUCUGUAGCCUACACAGACAUCAUACAGCUUUUGCUCAUAUUCUUCAGUAUGUGGCUCUGUGUCCCCUUCAUCCUGAUGAACCCCUAUUCAGUUGACAUAACCAAGACUGCUUUCAACUUUACCUACCAGGCCCCCUGGAUUGGUACAGUCGAAGAAGAAAGAGCAUGGAGGUGGAUUGAUAAUUUCUUAAUAUUGACUUUAGGUAACCUGGGUUAUCAGGACUUCCACCAGAGGACACUGUCAUCUUCCUCAUCAGCCACAGCCAGGCUCACCUGCUUUAUCGCAGCUCUUCUCAUCUUCGUACUUGGAAUCCCUUCUGUGCUGAUUGGAGCAGUAGCGGCAUCAACAGAUUGGAACAUGACCUCAUAUGGCUCCCCGUCCCCAUACGAGCGAGGAGAGGCCGGUCAGGUUUUGCCCAUUGCUCUGCAGCACCUCACUCCAAACUACAUCUCUAUUAUUGGUACUGGAGCCAUAGCCGCUGCAGUUAUGUCAUCAACAGACUCAGCUUUAUUAUCAGCUGCCUCCAUCUUCACAUCCAACAUUUAUAAGAACAUCCUGAGGACUAAGGCAUCAGACAUGGAGCUCCAGUGGGUGAUUCGUGUCACUGUGGUGUUGGCAGGCUUGGCCGGUACAUCACUCACAUUUCUACACAACAGCAUCAUGGUUUUCUGGAUCCUAGGCUCAGGCAUAACCUAUGCCAUCAUGUUCCCUCAACUUGUCUGUGUCCUCUUCUUUAACAUCUCCAAUGGCUACGGCUCCCUCGUGGGCAUGCUAUUUGGGGUGGUGUUGAGAGUGCUGAGUGGUGAGCCAUCAAUAGGAUUACCAGUUGUUCUUCACUUCCCAGGUUGUACUCUGGAGGAUGGUGUGUACAUCCAGCAUGCUCCUGUUAUGACCAUCUGCAUGCUGGUCACCUUCUUUGCUACUUUGUUAUUCUCAUAUCUGGCUUCACUGCUCAUCAAUAAAGGGCUGAUUCCUGAGAGGUGGCAUGUACUGAAUGUGCAAACACAGAAACCAUCACAGACAUUAAUGUUAAUGAGCAAUGGCACCGCCAAACCAGACGCGGAGAAACCCGACACGCAGGACGAGUCGGAAUUAAUGUUGUCUACAACUCAGCAGGACUGAAGAAGAACCGAUUUAUAGGAUGCAGACACAUUUUAUUAAGCUAUUAUAUAUUUUUUACUUUUAUACGGAAUACCUAAUCUUUGUAAAAGUAUUACCUUGGCCAGGGGAUGAUGUAAGAAUUCACUUGCAAGCACAUGUUAGUGACUUUGUAAUGAUUAUAUUGGUGUCAUUUCUUUGAUUAUAUUAGCAGGGUUUGAUUACUUGAACUCGUUGACUUGAAGUACUUCAGGUAUAGGCCUGUGUGCCCACUUGAAUUCCAUUUAUUUGUUUUAACAUGGUACUGAUACAAGAUGGCUUAUAGGUUACAUUCAGUGACGUGUGUUCACAAAUAAAGUGGAAUUAGGUUUGUUGUAUAAUCUCAUGUUUUGUGAUGAUGGCCGUGAUAGUGACAUCAGUGUAUGAUGUGUCUGAUAAGUCAAAUUAAAAUUUCAAGUAAGAUGUCUAAAAUCUAAAAUUAACUUAAUCUUCAGUUUGUUUGUAAUGCAUAUCACCCAAAGCAAAAACAUUAACCUGUUAAAGUUAUGUAAAGAAAUUCCCAUCAUUUUCCAAAAUAAGUGCGUAUCUCAGAAGAGACUUACGAUGGCGGUAAU